UAAGCACAUGGUUGGCUGAAUUUUUGUGGCUGAUGACUAAUUUUUAUAUUCAUAGUAAUGAAUAACAUUUGGAGUGGCCUUACAAAGAAUGUGGUACCCUCAUAUUGAUUCCUUGCUAUAAUUCUAAACUGUGAGAUUUCAGAAGCAUGCAGGAAGCUAAGGAGUGGAUUCAACCUACAGCAAUAAAAGGAGAGUGCAAGCUCAUUUUUUUUAUGAAACUUGAAAUUGAAUCCGCAAUAUUAUAGUAAUGUGCAGCUUCAUAAAGUGAUAACUCUAGCGACUAAAUCAACACAAUGCUCCAAACCCUUGCAGUUCUUCUUUUGUUUGUGGCAUCAAGCAGUAUUGCAGCGCAGCAACUGAGUAUCACCUCUCCAGUAGAUCAGUUGGAUAUACUACCUGGAGAAGAUGUGACUUUCAGUGUCAGUAUCACUCUCACUUCUAACGUUUUUUUCUCCUUAUUUCUUUGGAAUAAAGACAAUGUUCCACUCUCGGACGAAAAGGAUUCAACCUUAACCAUUCAAUCGGUAGACAAAAGUGAUGCUGGGGAAUACUUUGUAACCGUCGUGUGGAUUUUUUCGGAUGGAACAUCCACUGUCAUGCACUCUAACACUGCUCUUUUAACCAUUUUGGAAACCCCUGUAAUCACCUUGCAACCUGAAAGCAGGCAGUAUGUUACAAUGGAAACUGAUGUCAUGUUCAGUGUAAUGGCUGUUGGGGGAUCUCUGAGUUAUCAGUGGCAGAAAAAUGGCGUCAACAUUUCUGAUACUUUUAACACAUAUUCUGGAACAAAAUCAAACACUCUGACUGUUUCAAAUGUGACUGACCUAGACAGAGGCUCUUAUCGCGUUUCGGUUAGCAAUCCAAUCGGUGCUGUCACUUCGAAUCAAGUUAACCUGACUAUACUGACUGCCCCAAUUGUAACUACGCAACCACUACACCAGAUGAAUGUACCUGAGGGGUUGGAUGUAACAUUCAGUGUCUCAGUAACUGGGUUCAUGCUCGUGUAUCAGUGGCAGAAAGAUGGAAUAAACAUUUCAGACACGGCUGAAACAUACUCAGGCACAAAUAUGACCACACUGAUGGUGCUGUCAGUAACAGAACCAGAUGAUACUGGCAAUUAUGUAGUCAUUGUGUACAAUAAUGCUGGUAGUGCAGAAUCUGAUCAUGCAGUUCUGACAGUUUUGGCUCCUCCUAUUAUUGAUGUUCAGCCGAUGGAUGACUGUGUUCCAAUUGGUGUCACUGCUGUGUUCUCUGUAGAAGCUGUUGGUGAUCUCCAGUGGUUCAAAGUAACUGCUGAUGGAGAUGACAUUGUACUCGAAGAUGCAGAUGAAAUUAUAUCUGGAGCAACCACAGCAACACUGUCUGUACUUGAAGUGUCUAGUGCCGAUAUUUUCUAUGUUGUGGUGAGCAAUGCUGCUGGUUCUGUCCAGUCUGAUCAAGCCAACAUCAUCCUUCUGAGUGUGCCAGUAGUUGAUACAAAAGUAUCAAACCUGACCAAUGAAAUCCCUGGAUCUGAUGUGAUGUUUACAGUUGUAGCAUCGGCCGAAUGUGGUAAUCUCUCCUACCAGUGGUUAAUGGAAGCCAACGAGCUCACUGAUGGCGCAAAGUACUCUGGGGUUACCACAGACACUCUGACUGUAUUGAACAUUGUACAUCCUAAUGAUGAGGGGAUGUAUUUUGUACUUGUGACCAAUGCUGCUGGAACCAUAUCUUCUGAUGCAGCCUUGCUUGAUAUAGUUGAACCUCCUUCCAUUACAACACAACCCUCUCAUCAGCUUAUGGUGCUACCAGGUUAUGACGUUAUAUUCAGUGUGACUGCUAGUGGUGACUCUCUGUCCUAUCAGUGGAGAAUGGGCGGUGUUGUCAUCAGUGAUGAAUUUGGGGUCUACAAUGGGACAGCGACAGACACUCUAACUUUGUUCAAUGUACAAGAACCAGAGGAUGAGGGAGUGUACACUGUUGUAGUUUCAAAUGAUGCUGAUUCGGUAACCUCCGAUGAAGCUACACUCGAAAUAGUCAACUGUGACGCACUGGUCCCCCCUAUCAACAGUAGUAUCACAUACUCCAACAAUUCCAUUCUUGAUUACGGCGGCUUCUCCAUUGGUGCUAAUGCUACCUACAGCUGUACAACGGGACAGCUAUUCAUUGGGGACACUACUCGGAUAUGUCUACAAACUGGGGAAUGGGGUGGAGAGGAACCCCAGUGCUUGGACUAUUGUUCUCCACUGACUAUCGACAAUGGAACAGUCAUUUAUUAUCCUGCCAACAGAAGCAAGGAUCAGAACCUUCCGUUAGGAGCCACUGCAAACUUUGCAUGUGAUCCCGGCUACUCUUUUAUGGGAAUUGAGCGAACUUGCAUGGCCAGUGAUGACGGAUCGGGUAUGGGCAACUGGAGUGAACAGGAUGCUGUGUGUCAGUCAACCUGUCCUCCGUUGAUUGCCCCUGCUGAUGGUGACAUCUCGUAUGACCCGGCUGCUCUGCCAAAUGGGGAGUAUAGUGUUGGUGUGGUAGCCACGUUCUCUUGUGACAAUAACUUCGAUCUGUUUGGACCUGCCACCAAAACGUGCUUGGAUGACCACACCUGGGACAACAGCGAUCCCACCUGCGAAGCAACCUGUCCUCCGUUGAUUGCCCCUGCUGAUGGUGGCAUCUCAUAUGGCGUCCCGGCUGCUCUACCCAAUGGGGAGUAUGGUGUUGGCACGGUAGCCACGUUCUCUUGUGACAAUAACUUUGAUCUGUUCGGAUCUGCCACCAGAACGUGUCUAGGGAACCACACCUGGGACAAUAGCAACUCAAUAUGCCGAGCAACCUGUCCCCCGUUGACUGCCCCUGCUGAUGGUGGUAUCUUGUAUGACCAGGCUUCUCUGGCCAAUGGGGAGUAUGGUGUUGGCGUGAUAGCCACAUUAUCUUGUGACCAUAACUUCGAUCUGUCUGGAUCUUCCACCAGAACGUGCCUGGGGAACCACACCUGGGACAAUAGCGACUCAACAUGCCAAGCAACCUGUCCCUCGUUGACUGCCCCUACUAAUGGUGGCAUCUCGUAUGACCAGGCUUCUCUGGUCAAUGGGGAGUAUGGUGUUGGCGUGGUAGCCACGUUCUUUUGUGAUAAUAAUUUUGAUCUGUCUGGAUCUGCCACCAGAACGUGCUUGGGGAACCACACCUGGGACAAUAGCAACUCAACAUGCCAAGCAACUUGUCCCCCGUUGACUGCCCCUGCUGAUGGUGACAUCUCAUAUGACGUCCCGGCUGCUCUGCCCAAUGGGGAGUAUGGUGUUGGCGUGGUAGCCACGUUCUUUUGUGACAAUAACUUCGAUCUGUCUGGAUCUGCCACCAGAAUGUGCCUGGGGAACCACACCUGGGACAAUAGCGACUCAAGAUGCCAAGCAACCUGUCCUCCGUUGACUGCCCCUGCUGAUGGUGGCAUCUCAUACGACGUCCCGGUUGCUCUACCCAAUGGGGAGUAUGGUGUUGGCGUGGUAGCCACGUUCUUUUGUGACAAUAACUUCGAUCUGUCCGGAUCUGCCACCAGAACGUGCCUGGGGAACCACACCUGGGACAAUAGCGACUCAACAUGCCAAGCAACCUGUCCCCCAUUGACUGCCCCUGCUGACGGUGACAUCUCUUAUGACGUCCCGGCUGCUCUACCCAAUGGAGAGUAUGGUGUUGGCGUGGUAGCCACGUUCUUUUGUGACAAUAACUUCGAUCUGUCCGGAUCUGCCACCAGAACGUGUCUAGGGAACCACACCUGGGACAAUAGCGACUCAACAUGCCAAGCAACCUGUCCUCUGUUGACUUCCCCUGCUGAUGGUGGCAUCUCAUACGACGUCCCGGUUGCUCUACCCAAUGGGGAGUAUGGUGUUGGCGUUGUAGCCACGUUCUUUUGUGACAAUAACUUCGAUCUGUCCGGAUCUGCCACCAGAACGUGCCUGGGGAACCACACCUGGGACAAUAGCGACUCAACAUGCCAAGCAACCUGUCCUCCGUUGACUGCCCCUGCUGAUGGUGGUAUCUCGUAUGACCAGGCUUCUUUGGCCAAUGGGGAGUAUGGUGUUGGCGUGGUAGCCACAUUCUCUUGUGACAAUAACUUCGAUCUGUCCGGAUUUGCUACCAGAACGUGCCUGGGGAACCACACCUGGGACAAUAGCGACUCAACAUGCCAAGUAACCUGUCCUCCGUUGACUGCCCCUGCUGAUGGUGGUAUCUCGUAUGACCAGGCUGCUCUGCCAAAUGGGGAGUAUGGUGUUGGCGUGAGAGCCACAUUCUCUUGUGACAAUAACUUCGAUCUGUCCGGAUCUGCCACCAGAACGUGCUUGGAGAACCACGCCUGGGAUAAUAGCGACUCAACAUGCCAAGCAACCUGCCCCCCAUUGACUUCUCCUGCUGACGGUGACAUCUCGUAUGACCCGGCUGCUCUGCCUAAUGGGGAGUAUGGUGUUGGCGCAGUAGCCACAUUCUCUUGUGACAAUAACUUCGAUCUGUCCGGAUCUGCCACCAGAACGUGCUUGGGGAACCACACCUGGGACAAUAGCGACUCAACAUGCCAAGUUGCAGCAUGUCUGGGUCUCAAUCUCCAGAAUGGCAUUGUGCAGUACUCCAAUGAUACUCAAGCUGAACCGUUUGAUGAGGGUACGGAAGCACAAUUCUCCUGUAAUGAAGGCUACUCUCUCUUAAACGAUAGUACUCUUGUGUGUGUCAAUAUCAGUGGACUUCUAACCUGGAGUAAUGAUCCUUCAAUUUGCCAGCGUAUCACAUGUGAUCCACCCAUUCUGGAUCAUGGAAUGAUUCGAUACACUGCGGGCACAACGGCACCAUAUGAUUAUGGUACAAUAGCUACUUUUUCUUGUAAUGAUGGCUUCGCCUUAGUUGGAAGUACUGCCAGAACCUGCAGUGGAAGUGGACAAAGCGUGAAAGGAGUUUGGAACGAAAGCAUCCCAUAUUGUGAUGCUGGAGAGUGCACUUUUGCUGGAAAUGAAUUUCCAUUUGUCAAUGUGACAACUUUUCCAAACUUUCAGACACUCAAUAAAUCAGAAGACGUGACAUCUGAACCUAUCACUAUACCGGACAAAUUAGUGUUUGGAGACAGAAUAGUCGACACUGCAUACGUAAAUGAAAAUGGGGCUAUCUCGUUUGAUCAAUCCUGGAUGUUUUCUUCGCCUAAACGUUUUCCAACUGAAAUACAGUCGAUCGCGAAUCGCUUGGUUGUAGCACCCUUUUGGAGUGACAAUGAUAUUCGAAAAGAAGGGUCAGUAAAAUUUGCUACCUACUCCACUGAAGAAGAGGGCACUAACCCUUUGGGAGCUGAACUUAUGGCAAACCUCACCAGGUAUAUUCGCAGUCUCGGUGACGAAGUGGACUUUGAGGGCAGGUGGUUUCUCGUUGCUCAUUGGGAUAGGGUACACCCUAGCCCACAUGGUGGAGAAAGUACUAAUGGAAUUCAUCAGUCCGAUCUGGAUUUGGUGAACAAUUAUCAAGCCAUCAUUGUUAGUGGAGUGGUUCGUGCCUAUGCUGUGUUCUCGUACAUUUGUGGGGAGAUGCAGUGGAGCUCCGUUGGUGCAAAUGAUUUAGCUGUAGUGGGAUUCAAUGCAGCUGGUCCAUUUAAUGGAGUUAAUGAUGAACUUUCAUUCAAGAAUUACCGGCUGUCUGGUCUGCCAAACGUUGGUGUGACUAUUUCUUGUGAAUACGAGCCAGUAACAAAUCUGAUCAUUCGACUGCCAUCAACCGAAGCUCAAAGGAGAAAGUUGGAAUGCAUUCAACAAUUAAAAAGAGACAUGGAUAUUUUACAAGGUGAAACUACUUACACCGAAUUGGCAGAUAUGCUAACACAGUGCCCUUGCUCAAGAGAUCAAUGUCUUCAGGAUGAAGCUCGUUUUAUUAGGCAAGAAAGUAUUACGGAUCGUGAAUGCUACAUCACUACAAAUCCUAUUGAAAUGCAGAUUGGAGAGCAAUAUCUUACUAUUACACAGCAGUGUUGCUACACCUCAAACAGAGCUCUGUACAAAGAUCCUACUGGAUCACAUGCUGGAACAAUGCUUUUAUUUCAUCCAAUCAAAGACCCUGACAACUAUAAUCGUGUCGAUAAUGUGUUGAGAGAGACAUGCUGCAGUAAUAAUCAAGGGUUUUGUGAACGCUUUCUUCAGCAAAGGAUAGUUAACAACUGUGACAAUUUUCAGGGUCCUAAAGUAUGUAGUGGUACUGGAGACCCUCAUUUCUGGACAAUGGACCGAGUGUACCACACUUUCAAUGGAAGGGGUGAUUUUAUCACCAUGGAGAUUGAAUCUGAAGAUGGUACAGAAAUGGAAUUUGCUCUGCAAGCAAGGAUGGCUAAUGAGAGAUUUUGGAGGGUCACCAUUCAACGCGGAAUUGCGUUCGGAAAUGAAAAACUAGCAUUCCAUUUUGGAAUGCCUCCUGAUGGAUUUAAAGUGUAUCAAACUAGACCAGGGCCUACUGAAGACAUUACUGAUCAGUUGCAAAACGGACAACCUUGGCUACACAGUUCAAAAGAUGCUCUGCUUACACGAAAUGGCAACACUCUCAAAGCUCUAAUGUUUGAAGCCGGGAUUGCUGUUGAAGGCAGUGUUAACUUAUAUAGCGAUAUUUACUACAUGAAUGUGAGGAUGAAAGUUCCACCAACAUAUGGUAGUCGCCCGAGGGGAUUUUACGGUUCUCCAGACGGGAACAACAGAAACGAUUUGUAUGCAAGGAAUGCAACGUCCCCUAUUUUGCCACCGUAUUCCGAUCGCCAACUGUAUCCAUAUUUGUUGACAUGGAAGGUUCGUGAUGAAGAGAGUCUGUUUUAUGUUCCUGAGGUACCCACUACACUGCCACCAGUUACCUUUGAUGCACUCACUGACAUGCCAUCAAGUACUGAACCUCCAACUGAAGAAGAGUGGGUGCCAGUCUUUGUUGACGAUCUAGACUUUACUCCAGAGCAAAAAAUGGUUUGUGGUGAAAACUUGCAGUGUCUUUUUGACUUGAACGUUACCGGUGAAAUGGAUAUUGCAAUGGAAACUUUGAACCAUGGCCAAGAAACUGAAGAAACCAGAGAUACUAUAGAUAACUUUCCGCCGAAUAUCACGGCUGAAAGAAUUCUCAGAGUGAAUCUCGGAGAGGAAUCGGUAUUGCUGAUCUCAGUGAUAGAUCCAGGAGAUAACUUCACUUUGUCUCUCGAAGGAGGAGUUCCAGAAAAUGCUACACUUGAAGAACUUGAAAUUGGUGAAUAUGGCUUUAGAUGGACACUUCAUCAUAUUACAGAUCGAGUUUUGGAGUUUGUUGCAACUGACACGAGAGGUGCCAGUUCUACAUUCAUGCCACGAGUUGAGCUGUGUUCUUGCGUGAAUGGUGGAGAGUGUACUCUAAAUGGAGUGGUGUCUGAUUCUGCAACCAUCACAAUGAAUUGUCUCUGCUUAGAAGCUUAUACUGGAGGGUUUUGUCAAGAGGAUCGCGAUGGAUGUACUGAGAUCCAGUGCUUUGAAGGAGUUGAGUGUAUCGACGUCCCUGCUCCCGGUGUGGGGGCUGAGUGUGGACCCUGCCCUGAUGGGUUCACAGGGAACUCUCGGAAGUGUUACGAUAUUGACGAAUGCGCUCAGAACAGUACUAUCUGCUCUCAAAUCUGCAUUAACACCCGAGGAAAUUAUUUCUGCUCUUGCUACAAUGGGUUCCAACUCAUUGAAGGAACCAAUCAGUGUGAAGAUGUUGACGAAUGCAAUGACAUCAAUGAUUGUCAGCAAAUCUGUGAAAACAACGAGGGCUCAUAUGUCUGCAGUUGUAAGGCAGGAUUCACUCUUUCUGAAGACAACAGCACAUGCAACGCUGAUGAACCAUGUGCUGGAGAAUGCUCUUUUGGUUGUGCUGUUGUAAACGGUUCUGAACAGUGCUUCUGUCCCACUGGAUAUGAGUUAGCAUUGUCUAACAAAACCGAGUGUGUGGAUAUUGACGAAUGCGCAUCUGCUAACGCUCCAUGUGACCAGCUCUGCAACAAUACUGGUGGAUCAUUUCACUGUGAAUGCAAUAGAGGUUACAGCUUAGCAGAUAAUGAAAGAACAUGUGAAGAUGUUGAUGAAUGUUUUGAGGCUGCUCUAAGAGAUGAAGAAGUUUGUGGAAGAAAUGGUCAAUGUCUGAACAAAGAAGGGUCAUUUGAGUGUGCUUGUGUCACUGGUUUUGUUUGGAUGAAUGAAGCCUGCCAACGUAUUUCCUGUGAUAAGCUUGGUCUCAACAAUGGAGUGAUUUUAUAUACACCUGACUCUGCAACACCGUAUGUUACCGGUACCAUUGCAACUCAUAAGUGUGCUGAGGGAUUUGCUCUGAUUGGUGAAUCAAUGAGAACCUGUGAACUGACCAAUGUCACACAGGGAAGGUGGAGUGGACUAGCUCCAACUUGUGAUCGAAUUGUAUGUCCAGUACUGACGUCCAUUGGAAAUGGAUCAAUUUCCUAUGUAGAUGAUGCAGACAGUAGAAGUCCAUACGAUUUUGGCUCUAUAGCCAAUUAUUACUGUCAUUCGUUAUUCCAUUUAGUAGGGGAUGCAAUACGAGUGUGUGGAAAUGGUGAAGGUCUCAUUGGAGAGUGGAAUGGGACAGAUCCAACAUGUGAACCAAUCCUUUGCUAUGAGCAGCUGACACUGAAUAAUGGAUGCAUUGACUUCUUUAAUUUUAAUUACGGUUAUUAUUAUCGCCAAUGUGUGCCUGGUUAUGAAAGACCCCCUGCACAUAAACUCAAUAGUAUUGCUAUUCACUAUUGCAAUGACGGAUACUUUCGGGAUGGAAUUUCUUUCAGAAAUUGUGAUGAUGUAGGCAAUGGCCUUAUUGGAGAAUGGGAUGGUGUUCCUCCCACCUGUCAACCAUUGUUUUGUCCUGAAUUAAACCUCAUCAAUGGAAUGAUUGAGUACAUUGGAGAUGAAGAUGAUCAGGCUCCAUACAAUUUCAGUACUCUUGCCAUACACAACUGCAAUGAGGGGUAUGCGUUAGUGGGUCAUGCUGAGAGAAACUGCAGUUACAGUGUUGGAAGUAAUGGCAGAUGGGAUGGUUUAUCUCCAACUUGUGACCCAAUAUUCUGUGAUGCACUUGAGCUCAUUAAUGGUCAAGUCUCUUACUUAAAUGAUACGGGACCUCCUUUUGAGUUCAACACUCUGGCCUCCCUUAGCUGCAAUGAGGGCUACUCUCUUAUUGGAAGUGAAUUUACCAUAUGCCGUGGAAAUGGAAAUAGCACUGUUGGAGAAUGGAGUGGAAAUAACACUUUCUGCCAUAUAGAUUCUAUGUGCCCUCAUAUUCCUGAUCCAAGAUAUGGGCAAAUAUAUUUUACUGAAGACAAUGUAGCACCAUUUGAGGAAAACACCAAGGCUACUUACAGCUGUGACCUGGGCUAUGGACUGGUGGGAGGUGAUAGUUUGAGAACUUGUGAAAUGAAUGAAUCCAAUGUGAAUGGUGUAUGGAGUGGAGAGGCACCAUCCUGUGGAGCUAUUAUGUGUUCUGGACUGCUGGAUAGUGCGAAAGGAUCUAACAUUAAAUACAAUGUCAAUGCAAGCAUCAGUGGAGACUAUCCAUUUGGAACAAGAGCCACUUACACAUGCAUAAAAGGUUUUGCACUGGUAGGAGAUACAGCAAGAGUGUGCUCAGGAAAUGAUAGUAGUGCUUCUGGUUAUUUUGAUGGAGCCCCUCCUACUUGUGAAGAAAUAACAUGUGUGCAACUAAAGGCCCCAAGCAAUGGAUGGAUUAUUUACAACGGCAGCCUUCAUGAAGAUGAUAACUUGGCAUUCAAUGUAAAUGCUUUUUACAGUUGCGACUUUGGCUAUGCGUUGGUCGGACAAGAAACUAGGAGGUGUGCUGGAGAUGGGAGUAGCACAACUGGUGCUUUUGAAGGGGCUAGUCCAACUUGUGAAUUGAUAAUGUGUACUGAUCUUCGCGAUCCGUCUAAUGGACAGAUACACUUUACUACUGAUGACCUUGCUCCAUUUGAGCUGGGUACUAUGGCAAUGUACAGCUGUGACCCAGGGUAUGGCUUGGAAGGUGUACCCACUGUGAGAAAAUGUGAGAGUGAUGGAUCCAGUUUGGUGGGCAAUUGGACCGGAGCAGCACCCUCCUGUGAAGGUAUCGUUUGUGCUCCAUUGGUUGAAUUAGAUAAUGGUCAUAUCUACUAUAAUCUUGCUGCUGAGGAAAACGGCAACUUUCUCUUUGGAACUGUGGCUACGUACACUUGUUCAUUGAGCUACAGUCUUGUUGGCUCUAGCACGACAACUUGCAGUGGUGAUGGGAACAGCUCCAUCGGUGCUUUCGAGAGAAUUGAUGCACCAACCUGUGAAGCUAUUGUAUGUCCAUCGUUGGAGCUCUUCAAUGGCGAUAUAAUUUACUCCACUGAAUUUGAAGCAAACGCUACAAUAUACACAAUUGGAACUGAAGCUAUUCAAACUUGUAAUGCUGGGUACACUCUAGCUGGGAGUACAGUUAGAGUAUGCGAACAAGUCAACGAGAAUGGGAUGUGGAGUGGAAUUGCUUCGUUUUGUCAGCCGAUAGUUGAGUUUGGACUUGACACGAUGGCUAUGUAUCAGUGUGAUACAGGGUUUACCCUCGUCGGAGACGUCAACAGGACGUGCAAGAUCAGCAAUCAGACUACCUUUUGGGAUGGAAUGUCUUCAUAUUGUCAAUUAAUUACAUGUGGUGCCUUGGACACUCUACUGGAUGGAGAUAUAGAAUACACUAUGGAUAAUGAUACUUUACCACCGUUUGAUAUUGGCACUGUGGCAAUAUUUAGCUGUCAUGAUGGAUCUGUGUUGAUUGGAUCAGAUCAGAGAGUUUGUGAGCUUACAGACACAAGUGCUGAUUGGAAUGAAGACCAACCAAUCUGUGGAUCUACAUGCUCACCAUUGGAUACUCUGGCCAGUGGAAGUGUUAACUACACCGAUGUACCAACGACUAAUGGUGAAUAUCUUGCGGGAACUAUGGCUACGUUCUUUUGUGAAGAUGGGGCGAAACUCACUGGUGACAACACAAGCACUUGCCAAGAUGACCACACAUGGACUGUCACUAAUAUAUCAUGUGAAGGGAGAAUAUUCCUUCCUUUCUUGGAUAUUGUUGCGAAUGAUGGUGCUGUCUUGAAGAGCUUUGACUACAUUGGGUGCUCUGACCUUGUCUUUAUGAGCAGCGGAUUACCUCUUGGAUCGAGAAUCGAAACCAAAUUGAGGGUGUGCUCAAAUGGAGUCAUCAGUUUUGGCACCAACCACUUCUAUUUCUGGUACCCUGAAAGGUUUCCAAGCCCAUACAUUUUUAUCAGACGCACCAAUGUGCUUGCUGUAUUCUGGAAUGAUCAUGAUCCACGUACUGACGGAAUAGUACAGUACAAAGUCUACUCCAUUGGUCAAGGAAAACAUGCUGAGCAGUACCUUAGCACUGUGAGUAACUAUGUAUCAAAACAACAACUAAAAAACUUCACUGGAACCUGGAUGUUAGUAGCGUAUUGGAACCAAGUACCACCAUAUCCGUAUGGAUCAAAUUACUGGCGGAACUACUACUCGAUCCGAGAUUUACCUCAAAAUUCCUACCAAGCAAUAGUGAUCACAGACAAUGUAGAUACUUUCUCAGUCUUCAUUUACAACUGUGAACAAAUGGACUGGACAAGACCUCCUUAUUCAUACAAAGACGCGGUGAUUGGGUACAACUUGAACUCAGAAUACACAAAUUUUGCAUCGAUUCCCACCUUCCGCAACCACCCUCUAAGUGGACUGUCUGAAGUGAAUAUGAUCGCAUGUACCAACAAGGACAAGGGAAUAAACUGGUCUAACGUUGUAUAUCAGAUUGGAGAGACAAAUGAUGCUAGACAGCUUGCUCGUGCAGAGUGCUUGCGAAGACGAAAUCAAGAUAUCAAACUCUUUCAUAACCUCAAUCCCACUGCAAGAUCAAAUGCUCCUUGUCCAUGUUCCGUUUGGCAGGCAUGGGGAGAUCGUCGCUACUGGUACAUGUCGUGGAUCAACUACUACUUCUUUUACUACCAAGUUGGGUCUGAAGAUGUACAGAUACCUUACUAUUGCUGGGCCUCGAGAUUUCCAACAUCUCUUAGUAACGGAAUCAACCUCUGUUGCUACAGUUUCAGCAAUCAAAACUUUGGAGCUCUACUUGACAGUUCAUUUGGUGCUGAUGGAAGCACCCUGUUGCGAUACCACCCUUACUGGCAAUAUAGCGAAUUUGUAGAGUAUGACUAUAAAUUUCAGCGCUCGUGUUGCAGAGAUUCAGAUCUAUGUGAGGAGUAUACAAGAUUGAGAUCCUCCGACAACUGUGAUGCUUACAGACCUCCACGAUGGUCUUUGGUCUGGGGUGAUCCUCACAUCACCACUCUGGAUGGUCGUGUGUACACAUUCAAUGGAUGGGGAGAGUACACUCUUCUGAGCAUUGACAGUGGAGACACCUCCUUCAGACUGCAGGGACGCACUCAACCAGUUGUGAAUUCAUCGGCCACACAGUUCUCAGCAUUUGCCUUUGGUGUUCCUGACACAUCUGCUGUCGAGGUCUAUCUGAAUGAAUCUACUAACAAAACAUUCAUUUUCUUAAACUCUGAGGAAAUUACUGCAAAUGUGUCUAAUGUGAAUGACACUUUCAACUCACUAGAGCUCACAGUAGUGAGAGACAGUGAAAGUUCUCACACAUUUAGCUUCCCCUGUGGAAUUGGAUUAACAACGAGGGUAUCUUCUGGUAUCAUGAGUUUUGUGCUCACAGUACCUGAGGAGUUGAAUGGAACAACAGAGGGACUGGUUGGAAACUUCAAUGGAAACAUCACUGAUGACUUUACCUAUCCAAAUGGGACUGUGCUAAGCGAUGGAGCAACAGACAGAGAGAUACAUGAAUUAGGACAGGCUUGGGCUAUAAAUCUUGAGGAGUCACUUUUUAACUAUCCCAAUGGAUUGAACGCUUCUGAUUUUUUCCACCCUGAUCACACCCCUGCAUUCCUGGAUGAAGUCGUCAACAAUGCUAGCAAGGAAGUGCUUGAGGCUUGUGGGGAUAAUGUGGAGUGCAUCUUCGAUGCUUCUCAGACUGGAGACAUUGGUAUUGGUCUGGAGACGAUGGAAGUUGAUACUGAGAAUCAAAUGGAUCAGGCAAUCACUGGAAAUAAUCCCCCUCGAAUAGCUGGACCAACCACUUUGUUGGUCAAUUUGGGUGAGGUGGCAGAGAUUCGACUCAAUGUGACUGACGACCGCAACAUCUUUAACAUUUCUGUGAUUGGUGGUCUCCCUAGAAACGCAACACUGUCACAAUCAGACGAGAAGUCGACUGAAUUCACCUUUAAGUGGUUUUCAGAUGAUAUUGUAAAUAUUUCUCUAACAUUCGAGGCAAAGGAUGAUUUUGAGGCUAUUUCAGUACAUAAUGUUCAAGUGCAACUGUGUGCUUGUGAGAAUAGUGGGAACUGUACGACUGAUGGACUGCUUAUCGUCACUGGAAAUACUCUUGUACUCAACUGUGAAUGCCCAGAAGCCUGGGAGGGAGAGUUCUGUACAGAGGAUGUUGAUGGAUGUACUGAGAUCCAGUGCUUUGAAGGAGUUGAGUGUAUCGACGUCCCUGCUCCCGGUGUGGGGGCUGAGUGUGGACCCUGCCCUGACGGGUUCGUCAAAGAUGGAGAGAAAUGUCAAGAUCUUGAUGAGUGUUUGAAUGGUACUAAUUCAUGUCAGCAAGUCUGCAUUAACACGGAGGGAAGCUAUAAGUGUGACUGCAAAACAGGGUACUCUUUGAGCAACACUACACACUGCGAAGACAUUGAUGAGUGCUCCAUGCUGAAUGGUAACUGCCACCACACCUGUACCAAUACUGGGGGCGCAUUCUACUGCAAUUGUCGAGAAGGCUUUGUGCUGACUAACAAUAACAGAACUUGUCAAGCUUUAGCUGUGUUUUCCUGUGAUAACUCCACCAACUGCACUCAAAACUGCAUCCGACUGUUUGGAGUGGACCAGUGCAGCUGUGAUACUGGAUACAAAUUGGACACCGACAAUGUGACCUGUUUAGAUACCGAUGAGUGCUUGCAAAACCCUUGCGGCCAGGUGUGCAUCAAUUUUUAUGGAGGAUUUGAGUGUUCUUGUACAGAAGGAUACCUACUUGGUCCAAAUAGGAUGCUGUGCAAUGACAUUAAUGAGUGUGUUCAGGCUGCUCUGGCUGGCACUGAUGUGUGCCACUCCUCAAUGAUCUGUGUGAACCUCGUUGGUCACUACAGAUGUGACUGCCCGGGGGGGACAUUGCUGGUUGAUGGCACUUGUCUGGAACCAGAGCUUGUUACUACUGCUAUUCCGACCACUUCUUCUACCACCCGACCUACAACUGAUGUUUUAUCUGAAACUACCACCAAGCCUACAACAGUGCGGACUACUGAAGCAACCACAGCAACAGAAAAAACCAUUGGACCCACGACAGCGCAGACUACUGCUGCAACCACCGGACCCACCACAGCGCAGACUACGGAAGCAACCUCCGGACCUACCACAGCUCAGACUACUGCAGCAACCACCGGACCCACCACGACACCAACUACUGCAGCAACCACCGGACCCACCACAGCGCAGAGCACUGCAGCAACCACCGGACCCACCACAGUGCAGACUACUGCAGCAACCACCGGACCCACCACGGCGCAGACUAUUGCAGCAACCACUGGUCCAACAGCAGCUCAGAUUACAGAAGCAACAACCGGACCCACAGCAGCGCAGACUACUGCAGCAACCACCGGACCCACCACUGCGCAGACCACUGCAGCAACCACCGGACCCACCACAGCGCAGACUACUGCAGCAACCACUGGACCCACCACAGUGCACACUACUGCAGCAACCACCGGACCCACCACAGCGCAGACUACUGCAGCAACCACCGGACCCACCACAGCGCAGACUACUGCAGCAACCACCGGACCCACCACAGCGCAGACUACUGCAGCAACCACCGGACCCACCACAGCGCAGACUACUGCAGCAACCACCGGACCCACCACAGCGCAGACUACUGCAGCAACUACCGGACCCACCACAGCGCAGAGCACUGCAGCAACCACCGGACCCACCACAGCGCAGACUACUGCAGCAACUACCGGACCCACCACAGCGCAGAGCACUGCAGCAACCACCGGACCCACCACAGUGCAGACUACUGCAGCAACUACCGGACCCACCACAGCGCAGAGCACUGCAGCAACCACCAGACCCACCACAGCGCAGACUACUCAAUCAAUGUAUUCUUCCACUGAAACAAAUUCUGAAUCUACAGAACAAAUAUCCUCUAGUCCAACUGAUUUAAUAACUAAUCGUACUACUGGUGGCACAACUGCAUAUGAAACAUCGCCAACAACAACGGUAUCUCCUGAAGUUGUAGUAUCGGCUGUCCAAGUCAGCUUAUCACAGUACACAGCAGAUACAUUUGAUGUGGGGGCUCAGCAGAUAUUCAGAGAAGCAACAGCCUCAGUGAUCAACAUGUAUUGUGCUCAGAGUGUUGAUAAGUGUCAACGGUCACAGGAAAUAAAGCGACAAGCUGGAACAGUCACAGCUGAUGACAUCAUCCUAACAGACAUACGGGACAAUGAGCAGGGAAUGGUGAUGUUUACUAUGCAUGUUCAAUUGGAAGCAGGGUUACUGAUGGCUACUGAUCUUCAACAAGCUAUAGAGGAAGGAAGGAAUAUUUAUGCUGACACUGGAUUCUCGGGCUUGUCCUUGGAGGUAUUGGUAACAGAAGCCCCUAGAACAACCAGUUUAACAGGAGGACAGAUUGCUGGGAUAGCAGUAGGGUUCCUCAUGCUCACAAUCAUAUCCAUCAUGAUUUUUGUUGCUGUUCUGAGUUACAUAAAGUAUUGUCGCCACUACAAGAAGGGUGUGGACCUUACGUCAAGCUGUGUCGAGUAUCAAAAUCCACUAGCCACUGUAAAAGCCGACCACUCAAAAAUCCAACCAGCAACUGUUGAAAGAAAUGAAGAAACUGUGAUACAAGAAGAACAACUUAUUGCAAAAGACCAAGAAAUCGAUGGUAAGAAAAAAGUUGGAUUGGAGUGCAGUUUGCUUCGAGACCAAGGGCGUAUCAACCCCAAUUAUCGAGACGCAGGAACGGUUGAUGAAGAUGAAGAGUUCCCCAACCUCUCGCAACUCACCAUUGAGAGUGAGGAGAGGAACUGAAAAAUAUACUGCUGAAAUCACUAAUAGACAUCCUACAGAAGUUAGUUAACAAUAAUAUUAUUUUUAAGUUAGGACACUGCAUCAUAAUAACUGUGUUUAAAGUUUUAUUCUUGCUAGACUAAACUGCUAUAAUCAUUAUAAUACCAAUAAUAUAGUUGUGCGUAUACACAAUAGAUCAUGUAAAGCUAUUGGUGGUAUAAUAUGGUUUCCUGGCAUUGAAACGCGAUUAUUAGAA